ACAGCUGGUGGGGUCAUUUGUUUUGCUCUCUUGGAAAACGAAGAAUUCAAUUUAAAAUGGACUUGGCUUUGAUUGCUAUUAUUAUGGCGUCGGCUGCCAUCGGGUUACAGGUGGUUCUAUCAUUAUUCUUUAUGUGCCGGUUACAGUAUCAGCGCAAGGAAUAUCUCACGAAAAUCCUGGAGCUAGAAAUGCAAACUGAAGAGAGGCAGCCUCUUUUAAGAAAUGAAACAGGUAUAUCACACCAAACUACGGGCUCUACACAAGCAGAACUUAUAGAGGCAGAAGAAGGUACUUUGAAGAAAAGAGAAGAAAGAUGGAGAGACCUGAAUAAAACUCGUGGAGCCCAGUCUACCCACGGAGGAAGAGUGGAAGCUGCAGCCUCAAAGGGACCAGGUGUUUCACAGCAAGCUAAGGGCCCCACACAAGCAACACUUAUAGAGGCAGAAGAUUUCCUGAAGGAAAGGGAAGAAAAAUGGAGAGACCUGAAUAAAACUCGCGGAGCCCAGUCUACCCAGGGAGGAAGAGUGGAAGCUGCAGCCUCAAAGGGACCAGGUGUUUCACAACAAGCUAAGGGCCCCACACAAGCAGAACUAAUAGAGGCAGAAGAAGAUUUCCUGAAGGAAAGGGAAGAAAAAUGGAGAGACCUGAAUAAAACUCGCGGAGCCCAGUCUACCCACGGAGGAAGAGUGGAAGCUGCAGCCUCAAAGGGACCAGGUGUUUCACAACAAGCUAAGGGCCCCACACAAGCAGAACUAAUAGAGGCAGAAGAAGAUUUCCUGAAGGAAAGGGAAGAAAAAUGGAGAGACCUGAAUAAAACUCGCGGAGCCCAGUCUACCCAGGGAGGAAGAGUGGAAGCUGCAGCCUCAAAGGGACCAGGUGUUUCACAGCAAGCUAAGGGCCUCACACAAGCAACACUUAUAGAGGCAGAAGAUUUCCUGAAGGAAAGGGAAGAAAAAUGGAGAGACCUGAAUAAAACUCGUGGAGCCCAGUCUACCCACGGAGGAAGAGUGGAAGCUGCAGCCUCAAAGGGACCAGGUGUUUCACAGCAAGCUAAGGGCCCCACACAAGCAACACUUAUAGAGGCAGAAGAUUUCCUGAAGGAAAGGGAAGAAAAAUGGAGAGACCUGAAUAAAACUCGCGGAGCCCAGUCUACCCACGGAGGAAGAGUGGAAGCUGAAGCCUCAAAGGGACCAGGUGUUUCACAGCAAGCUAAGGGCCUCACACAAGCAACACUUAUAGAGGCAGAAGAUUUCCUGAAGGAAAGGGAAGAAAAAUGGAGAGACCUGAAUAAAACUCGUGGAGCCCAGUCUACCCACGGAGGAAGAGUGGAAGCUGCAGCCUCAAAGGGACCAGGUGUUUCACAGCAAGCUAAGGGCCUCACACAAGCAGAACUUAUAGAGGCAGAAGAGGGUACUUUGAAGAAAAGAGAAGAAAGACGGAGAGACAUGAAUAAAACUCGCGGAGCACAGCCUACCCAUGGAGGAAGGGUGGAAGCUGGAGCCUCAAAGGGACCAGGUGUUUCACAGCAAGCUAAGGCCCCUACACUAGCAGAAUUCAUUGAGGCAGAAGAAGAUUUCCUGAAGGAGAGGGUAGAAAGAUGGAGAAACAUGGAUAAAGAUCGUGAGUGUCAGCCCCUCACGAAACGAACACAGAAGUGAUUGAUGGAGGAAUCUCUUUAGAUUGUAAAUAAACAGAGAGACAUAAAGGAUAAUUAUAACACUGUAACCUGUGACCGUCACUGUGACAUCUGUUAUAGACAAUAUAGUUUAGUAUAUGGGCUUUCGACUUGUUAGCAUUUACUCACAUUUUUUACCAAAGAAAUUGUUGAAUGUAUUAUCUAUCAGCCGUCCACAAAAAUAAACGAUUUAGAAUCAA